AACAGUGAAUUUCACCGACCCCAUCGAUUACCCUGACGUCCUUCCCGCCAUUCCAUCUCUCCCUCCCUAUUCAGAGUUCAGAUAUGCUCAUUUGCUUCGCCAUCAAAAAUUCUUCUCAACCAAACAGAAAAAUUAGGGUUUCUGUUGCCUCCCGCCCCCAAUUGGCAAAGCCCAGCGCCAAAUCUCUCUGAAUUCCCUCUGCCAUUUGAACAACCAGGAUGGCGAAUUCCAGCCAAGAUUUCUCUCAAUUGAACAUUUCUGAAGAGGAAAAGGACAAGCUUGUAGCGGAAGUGAUCCGCUACGUGCUUUUUAAGACGCACCAGAACUCGGGGUGCCCGAUCAAGAGGGAUGAGCUUACUCAGAUAGUGACUAAAAACUACCACCAGCGUUUGCUUCCUGCUUUGGUGAUUAAUGAGGCCAUAGCCAAACUCUCGAGCAUUUUUGGGUUUGAGAUGAGGGAGCUUCAAAGAUCUCGUCCUUCCUCAACGAAUCAGCAAAGUGUUGCUGAUGCUAAAUCCUAUGUUCUCAUCAGUCAACUGCCUGCUGAUGUGUACAGGAAAUACAUUGAUGAUGUAAAUACAGCUCAUCUGACUGGUUUUACAUUUGUGGUAAUUAGUAUCGUGCACCUUGCUGGAGGCAAAAUCCCAGAGGAACAUCUUUGGCAUCACUUGAGGCGGAUGGGAUUACAUGAAACUGAUGAAAGCCAUCCUGUCCUUGGAAACAUCAAGCAGGCGUUGGAGACGCUUGUCCAGCAAAGAUAUUUGCAGAAAGACAAAGUUAAUGGCCCUGAAGGUAAUACUUUGGUUUAUGAGCUUGCUGAGAGAGCUUUAGAUGGCCCAGUUUGUGACAGCAUUAAAGAGUACAUAUCACAGAUUGUGAAAAAGGAAGUUGCCAGUGUGGAAAUUGACUGAGAUGAUUUCCUAGAGUUAAACUCAAGCAACUAAAUGGAGUAGAUGAUAUAAAGUUUGCUUGUCAAUGAGGAAGCCAGGAAGCUUAAGCAAGGAAGACAGAAGAAAGUAGUUUACAUUGCACAUUCUGUUUUGGUUGUUUUCUUUUGCACUUGUAUUGGAGGUUGCACAUGGGGGUCUUGCAUUACCUAAGUAGCAUUGUUUUUUAAGUAAAUGAUUAUCUAACCACUGUAUUCUGUAGCUAAUCUAUAAUUUUUAUAUUUUUCUUUAGAUGUAGGCAUAUAAAACAAUCUGAAUUUCAAUUUAAA